AUGGUCAAAAAACAAAUACAUAAUGUCGACGAUGAAGACCCAAUAUUAGCAGAGGAUUCAUUCGACGAAGAGUCUUUAAACAAUAAAGAGGUUAUGAUGGCAUUCUCACCACCGAAAAGCACAAAGAGAGAACGAAAACCUCCUUCUUGGUUACAACAAAAUAAUAAUAAUAAUAAUAAUAAUAAUCAUAACAAUCGUCAUCAACAACAAGCAACAGAUUCAGACAGUCAUAAUGAUGAUGAUGAUGAUGAUGAUCAAGAUAUGAGUGACAUUGAAGAAGAAGAGGAAGAAGUGACAGAGUCUGAUGAAGAUUGGAAUGGAGAUGAUCAUGUUAGUGAAACAGACUAUGAAGAUGAUCCAAAAAAGAAUACAAAGAAAAAGAAGAAUCAAGAUAAAAAGAAGAAUGGUUCCAAACAACAACAACAACAACAAGACAAAAAGAAGAAAAAGUCAACAACAAAUAAUAAUAACAAAACAUUUAAGAAACAAUCUUCAUCACCAGCUACGGAUACUUCAGGUUGGACUAUAAAACCAACAAAGUCUUCCAAUCUCAAUAUCUCUUCUUCGUCCAUUUCACAAUACCUCAUACCAAAAAAAUCAUUAUUAGAAACAUCUUCCGUCGUUGCUUCGUCUGCCACUGACUCGUCUUCUAAAAACUACUCGUUUGAACGAAGAAAUGUUCGUGCUGGAAGACUUCCUUCGAUUGAUUCAAUUGGCGGCAACUCCCAACCAAGAGAUUAUUUUGACCGUUACCUAUACAUGGGUCAUAAACCAAAACAAAUCCUAUCACAAGAAAUUGAAAAUGAUAUUGAUAUCUUGGAUGACAAAGGAACAACAACCAAUGGUAACAAGAAAAAGAAUGAAAAUGAAAUCAAAGUAGAGAAAAAAGAAAAGGAACAAGAAGAGGAGGAACAAGAGGAAGAAGAAUUGGUUAUCAACAAAAAGAGACAACCAAAUUUGAAUGAUAUUUCAUUUGAAGGACCAUCAUCAAAUGGAGGAAAAAAGAAAUCAUACUUUGAUUUAAAAGAGGAAAAACGGUUGGAAGAACUCAAAGAUAAACAAAAAAAGGAAAAAGAUUUAGAUGUUGUCCUCAUUUUAAACGAUUUGGAUGAAUCAACAGAAGAAGAUGAAGAGGAAGAAGAAGUCAUUGUUAGAAAACCUGUCAUUACAUUGGACGACGAUGACACUGAACCAGAAGAUGUAGAUACAUCUAUUAGAAAGAGAAUAAUCAAGAUACAAGACAGUAGUGACGACGAUGAUAUUAUUAUAUCCUCUACUACUACUACUACCACUACUACUACUACAACUACUACCACCAAAAAACAACAACAAAAACAACAACAACAACAAAUAAGUUCAGAUGAAGAUGAAAGUGAAGAACCAGAUGAUAGUGAUAGUGAUUAUGAAGCACCAAGUUUGGAUAACCUAGUAGAUGCAUGUGAAAGAUUUUCACAAAGAAUGUUAAAGAUUUUGGCAAGUUGCGAUCCAAAGAAUCAACAACAAACACCGAUGGAUGGAUCUGCAGAAGAGGAUGAUGUGAUUGAUUCACAUCAAAUCAUUCCUCAACCAAGUGUUAUCCAAAAAUCAAUGCGAUCCUAUCAAUUAAUUGGUUUGAAUUGGAUGGCAAUCAUGUAUAAAGAAAAAAUCAAUGGUAUUUUGGCAGACGAAAUGGGUCUUGGAAAAACAGUCCAAAGCAUCUCGUUGUUGGGACACAUUUACGAGCAAUUUAAUGAUAAGGGACCACAUUUAAUUAUUGUUCCUGCAACCACAUUAAGUAAUUGGCAAAGAGAACUCGAGUCUUGGUGUCCAACGUUAAAGGUGUACACUUAUUAUGGCACAGCAAAAGAAAGAGAAAUGUGUCGAUAUGAACUCAGAAAAAUGGCCCCAGGAAAGGAUUUUAAUAUUAUCAUUACCACUUAUAAUAUUAUGUUUGCUCCAAUUGAUAGAGGAUUUUUAAAAAAAUAUAACUUUUCUUAUUUAUUGUUGGAUGAAGCACAAAAUAUAAAAAAUAGUGAUUCAAAGAGAUAUAAAAAUCUAUUCAAGAUUGUUUCAAAACAUAAAUUAUUGUUGACAGGAACACCUCUUCAAAACAAUCUCAACGAAUUGUGGUCAUUGCUCAACUUUAUCAUGCCCCAUAUUUUUGGAGAAAAUAAUAACAAAUUCUUGCAAGAGUUGAUCACUUCGGCAAAGGAAGAUGAGAAUGGAGAAACCCAAAUCAUCACUAGAAUGAAAAAGAUCCUUUCUCCAUUCAUCCUAAGAAGAUUAAAGUCAGAGGUAUCACACGAAUUGAUGCCCAAGGUGGAGAAACUAGAGCUUGUUGAAAUGGUUGGAAAGCAACAAGAAUUUUACAAACAAGUUUUGGCUCUCUCUAAAAUGGAAUGGGAGAAACAAAAAGAUCAAGGGCAAGAAAAACAACAAGAAGAAGACAACAACCACAACAACAAAAAGAGAUCAAGAUCUAAAAAGAAACAAGCAGAUGAACAAGAUGAUGAUCAAGAUGAACAACUUUUGGGAAUGUUAGAGAAUGAUGCGUCGAUGGAAAAAGGAAAAGGAAAAAAGAAUCAAAAAAAAGUUACAACUGGGUCUCUAGUUUCCAACAUUCUUAUGCAACUUCGUAAAACCGUCAACCAUCCUCUUUUGUGUAAACGAUUUUACUAUACACCAGAAACAGUCAAAGAGAUUAUAGGUUUGUUGAUCAAACGAGACCAAGAAUAUGUUGGAGCUUCGGUGCAGGUGGUCGAGGAGGAAUUUGAAUUAUUGUCAGACUAUGACAUUCACUCUAUCUGCAAGACUCGAGAUGCCAAGAUACAACAUUUAUUUGACAAGUUUAUUAUCCCCGAAGAAUUCAUUUCCCAAUCCUCUGCAAAGUGUCAGAAAUUGGUCGAACUGAUCAACCAACACAAGGACAAAUCAAAAAUAUUAGUCUUUUCUCAGAUGACUAGAGUAUUGGACAUCUUGGAGGAUGUAUUCGAUCAUGUAGGACUUGAAUUUACACGUUUGGAUGGAUCUACCCCGGUCACAGAGAGACAAGAUAUUAUCGACCACUUUACCAAUACCGAUGACAUUAGGGUCUUUUUACUCUCGACUUUGGCAGGUGGCCUUGGUAUUAAUUUGAUCAGUGCCAAUAUUGUUAUAUUUUAUGACAUGUCGUUCAAUCCACAAGUCGAUCGUCAAGCAGAAGAUCGUGCACAUAGAUUAGGUCAAACCAAAGAGGUCACUGUUUACAAACUUAUUACCAAUGGAUCGGUAGACAACUAUAUGUUGGAUCUAUCAAACUCUAAAAAACGUUUAAAUGAUUCAAUGUUGGAAGAAGGAUCAUAUGAACAUUCCACCAAAUUAGAAUCAAAGAAUAUAUUAAAAUUAUUGACAACUAUUCUCUAUUCAGAUAAUAAUAAUAAUAAUAAUAAUAAUAAUAAUAAUAAUAAUAAUAAAGUCCAACCAUGA